UGCUUACCAGCGAAUAGGUGGUGUGUGAGGCUCUCUCUUCUUUGGCCUGCAGGGUAACAGAGGAGAAAGAAUGAGACAGUUGUACGCAAAAAGUAGAAACCUCAAGCGCUUCCUCUCUGUAGCUAUCGGAAAGAGGAGGAACAGCAGCGGAGAAGAUGAUAACACCGAGGAUAAAGCCUUCUCUGUUAAACAGAUCAACGAGAUGGAGAUUUCACAUCUGAGACCGAGCUGGAGAUGCUUCUCUUACGAAGAAAUCGUCAAAGCAACCGAUGGCUUCCACAAAGGUCUGUUCUUUCUGGGAUUCGAGCGCAGUUUCUUUGGGAUUUGGUCCUCAAAAUCUGGUCUUGGUGGAUUCUGGAUCGGUGCAGACAAUUUAGUGGGCACGGGUGGCUACGCGGAGGUGUACAGGGGAGUGACGGAGGACGGCGGAGCGAUCGCGGUGAAGAGGCUGACCAGAGCUUCCUCGGACGAGCAGAGGGAGAAGGACUUCUUGACGGAGCUCGGAGCUGUCGGCCACGUUCGGCAUCCCAACGUCUCCGCUCUCCUCGGCUGCUGCGUCGACGGCGGCCUCCAUUUGGUCUUCGAAUUCUACUCUCGCGGCUCCGUCUCCUCCAAUCUCCACGAUGCGAAUUCCCCGCCGAUAGCUUGGAAGCUGCGCUUCAACAUCGCGGUGGGCACCGCCCGGGGGCUGCACUACCUGCACAAGCAGUGCCGGAGAAGGAUCAUCCACAGGGACAUCAAGGCCUCCAACAUACUCCUCACAGAAAGCUUCGAAGCACAGAUCUCCGAUUUCGGCCUUGCGAGGUGGCUUCCAUCCGAGUGGACUCACCGCGCCGUCGCACCGAUCGAAGGAACCUUUGGGUGCUUGGCGCCGGAGUACUUCAUGCACGGGAUCGUGGACGAGAAGACCGACGUCUUCGCGUUUGGUGUCUUCCUGCUGGAGAUCGUAACAGGGAGGAAGCCUGUGGAUGGCUGUCACAGGAACUUGCUUUGCUGGAUAAACGCUCGAUCGUACCUAAAUAAUGGGAUCAUAGAUAAGCUGGUCGAUCCAAGAUUAGGGGAGGAGUAUGACAUGGGGCAGCUCAAAAGACUCACCUUUGCGGCUUCUCUCUGUACCAGACCAACAGCAACAUUGCGCCCUUCCAUGACUGAGGUUGUGGAAUUACUAGAGGGCGGCGAGAUCACUCAAGAACAAUGGAAGAUGCUGGAGGAGGAAGAAGAAGAGUUUUGGGGGUUCGAUGACCUUGACGACGAUGACAACAGAUGCAGUACUCCCUCAACAUCUUCAACUGGCAACUCUCAGCCACAGUUUGUGUAGAUGAUCUUGAUUGUCUUGGGAUGAGAAGUAUAGUAUAAUGUAUACAACCAAUAGAUAGCAUGCUGGUAUAUGUUGAUAUGGUAGGUCAUUGCCGUCUCAACCAAACUAUUUCCCUUGAUCUCAAGAUGUGGCACACGGUAGGGAAGCAAGCACAUGCACAGCAGUUGGGAGAAGCAAUCAAAGCCAUCCAAGCUUGAAUCGAAAUCAUCGAAGGUCAGGAGAACCUGAAAAAG